CUUUUUGGCUCUCUGUGAAUUUGAGUUUAGUUUUGAGUGAGUGAUUGAUUUGGGUUUUCAUGGCGGAGGACUUAGACGAUGGUGAGUUUUGGCUUCCUCCACAGUUUCUCACCGACGACAUGCUCAUGGACUUCAAAGCGAACACCAUGAAAACCAAACACAGAGAGGUCGAUUUUGGGUUUUGUUUUCCCAACGAGUUUCCGUAUGGGUUUGGCUCGGAUUUGAGUUCUCCGGUGGAGUCCGUGGUGAGCUCUACCGAGACUGAAAGCGACGAGGAAGACUACAUAGCUGGGUUGACUCGGAAAAUGGCUCGCUCAACUCUCCACGAUGAUUUGUGGAAAACAGACUCUGUGUUCUCCUAUGAGACCCACAAGUCUUGGGCUAUGGCUGGCUCGCCUCAAUCGACUCUCUGCAUGGGUGGUGGUGGUGGUGGUAGCGAACAGGGUUCGAGCCGGGGAAGCCCGAACGGUCCUUCGCAGGUUUCAUCGCCGCCGCCGCCGCCGCCGGCGUUACACCGCAACGACGCUGCUUUGGAUCUGCUUUACGCGGCCGCAAGGGAGGUCGCGAGGAUGAGGAUUAUUGAAGAGGGUUCUAGGUAUAACCAGAAGACCAGUGGACUAUUGGGUCCACCUCGAAUCCCAAGUCUCCAUUUACAAUCUCUCUCUCCUAUCAUUCACAGAUAA